UUUUCAUUGUGUAACAAGUGGGCAUAAACAACUAGAUAGCAAUGGCGACCGAACGUGUUCUCAAGUUUAUAUACAUAUUAUGUUUAACCAUGUAUGUAUACUGUUUCAGUAAAACGGAUGAAAACGAUCCUUGGUUUGAGUAUGAAGGUGCUCGCUACUACUUUAGCGAUGGACUCGAGCCCUAUGUAAACUGGAACGGGGCUAUAGAAAAAUGCUCUAGCUAUGGGGCCAACAUGGUAGCUUACGGCGAUAAAAUAGAGAUGGGAAUGUUAUACAGUCAGAUUUCAGAAACAACAUGGGUAAAAAGAUCAAGCGGGAAUCCUGGCUAUUGCUAUGUUUUUCUACAUUCUGAGGGAUCUGGUGAAGAAGACGGCGUUUAUCAUUUCGAUGCAAUCGGUGAUAACAGAAGGUUUUUCAUUGGAUUUCGUUCCUGUGACGACAAAUUACCUUUUAUUUGUAAAAAAGGAAACUUCACCGGUUUUAAGAAAGAGGUGGUCAAAACUUUUGACAGACUGGAUCACCGCACCUACCAGUGUGACGUCACGAACCUCUUUUACCGCGGUCAGUGUCUGGUGACGGUUGAAACCCCACUUCCGUUUGAUGAGGCGAACCAAAUGUGUUCUUCUAAUGGCGGCAGUUUGAUGGAAAUAAUUAACGAUGUUGAUUACACGUUACUGGACUACGAGCUGCAGGCUAGAAAUGUAACUGGCGAUGUCUGGGUUGGAUUGUCUAAUCGUGUGAUAAGAAAUGAAACUACAAAGAAAGAGGAUAUAAAAAAAUAUGCAUUUCCAUGGUUCAAGAAUUGUAAUGUUUACUCUGGAGGAAGGUUACACAGUAAACCGUGUCAGAGCCGACAGCCGUUUGUGUGUCGGUUGCCGGUAGAGGAAAUGUACAACUCUACCAAUCAGACAGUCCCCUUUAGACACCAUCACCACACCCAUCACCAUUGUCCGGGGCUACAGAUAAGAUACUUAGACCAUUGCUACAAAAUUCAUUCAGAACACUACUACAGCUGGCAUCAUGCGAAAGAUUACUGCAAGAAACACAAGAUGGGGUUAAUGAUUAUCCAUUCAUACGAGGAGUUUCAAUUUGUGAGGACACAUCUAGGGAAUAUAAGCAACAUUUGGGUCGGAAUGUACACAACGAAAACAGGUCAGUUAGAAUCCCUGGACCAUAACACCUGGAACCUAACGGCGGAAUCAGCGGACUCAAACGACAACCACACAAGAGAGUGUGUGGCCUUCAACCACGUAUCAGCUAUGCUGCAGUUCAAGAGCUGUAAGGUCAAGAUGAAUUUUGUUUGCACAGGUAAACAUAAGGAUAGACAUCAUGACGAAAAAUAUCACGAGAAAACUCAUAUGUUUGUUGCUGCGAUAGUGGGCGGUGUCCUUGCUGCAGUUGUUGUCGUAGGGUUACUGGUUGUUAUUGGUUACAAGCGAAGGAACACACUCUUAGCUGGACGAUUAUAUAUUCACUCACGUUUUCGAAAUCACUCAGUGGACGAGUAACGACUCUCACGCC